ACGUCUAUAAAACCGCCCGCGACCGCUAGUCCAACGCCAGCACCACACAUCAUCAUCCAUCGCACGAGCCGCGGAGAGGAAGGCUUCCUGUCCUGUCGGUCGGUUGACAUGGGCGCCACGUCGUACGAGAGGCUGUCGAGCCACGCCGCCGGGAGCGGGCGCGGAGGGGGAGGGCUCGGGGCGUGGGCGGCGCUGAGGCGCGGGCUGGCGCGGCUGUGCGCCGCGCGGAGCGGGCGGUGGGCGCCGGCGAGGGGCAUGCUGGUGCGGGCGCGGGGGAGGAGCUGGCGCGGCCGCAGGAGGGUGGCGGCCGGGUGCGGGUACGACUCCGAGGGCUACGCGCGCAACUUCGACGACGGGCUGUGGAAGGCGGAGGAGGGCGCGCCGUGGAGGGCCGCGGGGCCGGCGAUCGGCGCCUGCAGGCUCGCCCGCGCCGUGUCCUCCCUCCAGUGAUUCAUUCUUUCGGCGUUUUUGUGAUCGCUCUGUGCGUUGUGAGGUAGCCAUUGGUUAAUUUUUUUUUUCAGGAUUUGAUUCUCGUAGUUGGAUUAAUUAUUGUAGGACAGUUUUGUUUGUAUAGUUUGUAAAUCAGGCACGCAGAAUUGAAUAAAUCUCGAUGUACAUGGCCA